GAUAUUGUUACCAGGAAGUGGGUCGAGUUAUUUAUAUUUCAACACUUGUCCUCACACCGGUGAGAGAACCGGUGGUAGAAACCUGACACUAAAUAUUCAAAGCUUGUCUGGUUCUGGUUGAGUCAAUCUGAUGUAAAACAAUUGGCGUUGCAUUUAGAAACGGCAAGAAUCAAUAGAAAAUAUCUGUAAGUAGAAAUAAUGUAAAGAUGGCACCGGAGGGUAAAGUCACCCUGUGAGGCAUUUCGCUCUGGCAGAGGAAUUUGGGAUGAAGCUCCAUGAGAAGAUUCUGACCCAUUACUUAUCAUGUACCUCUCCAGUAGAUAAAGAGGGAUAUCUCUACAAAAAGAAAGAACGAAACGCCACUUACCAGCGCAGGUGGUUUGUCCUGAAGGCAAACCUACUUUUUUACCAAGAGCGUCCAGCUGACCGCCACCUGCUGGGAGUCAUCGUGCUGGAGGGGUGUGAAGUUCGUUAUUCAGAGUCUGAUGGAGAGUUUGCCUUCUCGCUGGUGUUUGGGCCUGGAUUCAAGACCUACAGAUUAGCAGCAGGGGAUCGCCAGACUCAAGAGAGCUGGGUGAAAGCAUUGCUCUCAGCCAGCCACUGUCACCUCUCUCUGCUGGUGAGAGACCUAGGGAGGCAAUAUGAAGAAGCUAAACAGCAACAUGGCUCUAGUGAGUCCCGCUCCCCAGUCAGUUCCCUGAAUCCAUCCACAAGCAGCCUCUUAUUCACUGCACAUAUACCAUCAGCCCUGGUCAGGGAAUCAAGAAGCUUCAGCGCCAGCUCUGUUUUACAAGCAUCCUCAAUACCAACUAAAGUGGUUACUAAAAAAUCUCCCAAACUGUGGCCUAGAAGAAAUGCUUACGUCACACCACUUAAUGGACCGGCACCUUUGUAUGGUGAAUGGCCUUUGGUAGGGUCUGAUCCACUGGAAGAGUUCAGCAAACUUCAUGAUUAUUAUGGCCAGGAAGUGAAGAAAGCAAGAGAAGAGUGGCUGAAAAGUCAUCACACACAAGUCGACCACAGUGAUGAAGAUCUCAUCGACCUGGGCUAAAAAAAAAUAUUUAAAAAGAGGAACUGUGAUGAAUUAAUCAUGUGUGUCAAACAAGAACUGAAUCUGAAGUAUUUUGAGUUAUUAUAUUUCCGGAUUCAGAGCUUGAGGCCCAGACAGCUGUAUAUGUGCUAAACCUUUUCUUUUUUUCAUAUAUCUAUAUAUAUAUAUAUAUAUAUCUAGCUUAGACGUUUUCUAUGUUAGACUUAUUUCACAGUAAGGUUGAAUUUCUAAAUUUGGGUGAGACAAUAUGUUCUUUAGCUGAUUAAACUGAUUUUUACAUAUUUACAUCUUUUGGAUAUUCAGCCGAGUAUAAAUGAGCAUUUUCAUUGUAUUUUAAGUUGUUCUUGCAUAUGCAGGUUAAUACAUCAGUUAUUCAUCUGCUCCAUGAGGAAGCCAUGACAGUGUGACCCAAAGUACUACUAGUAGUAGUAGUAGUUUUUAAGUACUUGUUUCAAGAGUUUUGAUACAGUACUAAGCAAAGAGUAAUAUAUAGAGUACUUUUCGGUGCAAGAAACUAAUAAAACUA